AUUAAAUUUAGGUUAAUGGAAAAGUUCGUGUAGUUUUGAAGCCACUAGUUAAAAAGAUGCCCCUAAUUGGUGCUGUCACAGUAUUUUUCUUAAAUAAUCCUGCCAUCGAUUUUAAUCUUACGAAUUUAGCAGAUGUCUUCGACACUCCCGGAUUAAGUGAUCUCCUACGUAAAGCCAUUUUGGACCAAUUGGCGGCACUCAUGGUUCUUCCAAACAAAAUUACCGUGCAGUUGAUAUCCGACAUUCCAUCGAAAACCUUGAAAUUGCCAAAUCCGGAUGGAAUAUUGAGAAUAGAAGCACUGGGAGCUAAAGAGUUGGUGAGAGCCGACGUCGGAGUUUUGGGAAUGGGAAAAUCCGAUCCUUACGCCAUAAUAUUAGUGGGUGCCCAAGAGUUUAGAACUUCCGUAAUAAAGAAUACCAUUACGCCAAAAUGGAAUUACAUCUGCGAGGCUAUUGUGGACCAACUUCACGGUCAAGCUUUGGAAAUCGAAGUGAUGGACGAAGAUCAAGGAAGUAAGGACGAUUUUCUCGGCAGGAUAUCAAUUCCAAUUAACUCUCUUAUAACUAAAGGAAAGGAUGACAUGUGGUUGCAAUUAGAAGAAACAAAGAGCGGCCUGAUCAACAUAAGAGUGACUUGGUUUGCGUUGAGUAGCGAUCCAUUGGAUUUACCAAAUCAAAUUGCUUUAAAUAGAAGCACUGGAAUGAAGUACUCUCUGUCGUCGGCUUUGUUAAUAGUGUUUUUGGAUUCCGCGAAACACUUGCCAAAUGCUACCAGAGCAGCAGGUGAACCCAGUCCUUGGGUUCAGUUUACUCUCGAUAGACAGAAGGUGACAAGUUCUGCGUGUCCGAAAACUAACGAUCCAGUCUGGGAGGAAAGCUUUCAGUUUCUUGUUAAAAAUCCGGAAGUUCAGGAACUGGAAGUAGAGGUUUUGGAUUCAAAAUUAUCCAAAUCGUUAGGUUAUCUAAAAAUUCGUUUAUCGCAGUUGUUAAAGGAGUCAAAUAUGUAUUUGGAACAGCCAUUUGUUUUAAGUUCGACAGGAUCCAAUGCAAAAAUAUUUUUAUCCCUGCAAUUAAAGAUAUUGAGCUGUGUACAGGAUUCGACAAAAGACGAAAAAUUAGAUUCGGGCUCUGCGGGAAGUAGAUCGAGACAGGGUUCUCCCAUCCACAAGUCGCCCCAAGGUUCGCCCGUCAGCAAGACCUUCUCUCUCUCUUCCGAGAGCGAGAAGAGUGCAUCCGUAUCCGAGAAAGCAGAGACGACGGGCGCCGUAAUUCCGUCGUUGGAAGAGAUGAUUCACUCGACCGUCGCUCCCAUCGUGGACACCGCGGAAAUCAGUCGCGAGAUAUUAAAUCAGACGUCGAAAGAAGAAAGUCCCGCACCAAGCAUCGACGAUAACAAAGAAGGAAGAAUUCAGCUGACGCUGAGAUACAGCAUUCCGAGAAACAGACUGAUCGUCGUCGUUCACAAAGUCGUUAAUCUAAUACAGAGAGAAGGAGAAGAGAAACCCGAUCCCUACGUCAAAGUUUACCUCCUCCCCGAUCGAACGAAAGAUAAUAAACAAAAGACUCAAGUCUGUAAAAACAGUUGUAACCCCGUAUACGACGAAUCACUCGAAUUCGAAGUGAGUGCCACGGACGUCAGCUCUUGCAGCUUGGAAGUAACCGUUAAUUCUAGAUUUGGAACCAUGUUUUCACGUGGAAGAGUAUUAGCAAAGGCGACCAUCGAUUUAACAAAAUUUGAUUUAUCGAAAGCUAUUACGGAUUGGUACGAUUUGGAGAUCUUAGACUGAAGAGAAGGAAAUGAAGACCGCUCAUUCCACAAAUUGCAUUUUUAAUUUAAUAAUCGCAAAGGAGAUUAUUAUACGUUUGUUUGCGUAUGCAUUUGUGAUCGGCAAAUGCCGAUAUCUGUAUAUAUGUAAUAUGUACGUUCUUAAAACUUAUUAAUUACAAUUAGAAUACAUUUAUUAAUGCAUUGAAUUUUAAUAACUGCAGCAUACGCAAACUCAAAUGUAUAUGUAAAGUAAGCUUUAUCAGAGUGGGCUUCGGCCCCUAUGACGCAAGUCGUUAUUAAAUCCUCCAAGAAGAUUCGUCUUUCGGGAUUAAUUUCCGAAGUGCCGGAACGGCUCAAACACUUGGAAUUCAAAGCAUAAAAGCUCACUCUGGUAAAGCAUAAUUUAUUUUUUUUAUACUUUAUUCAUUUUCUUUAUAUGCCUAUUUAAUAAUUCCUAUUUUAAGAUACUAUUUACAUUCAUAACUGCAAGGGCAAUAGUUAAUGACAAUCAAUUUUCCUUCUAGAAAACAGCUUUGGCACAUAAUUUUAUGGUUAAUUUAAGUGCUGUGGCAGUUACCAUAUUAUGUUAUUUCCAAAAUAUGUAAAUUUGGAUCACAUUUGAGAAGAUUUAGUUGAAGAAGAGCAAUUAAACGAACCAUACUUGAGCCAUUUUCUUCUAAGUUUGAUCAAAUGUGUUCCGAGAUGUGAACAAAACGUGUAAAAUUCAAACAUUUCUUUGUAUUUCUCAUUUUCUUGAUUGUCGUACACACUUAUUUAUUUAAUCGCACCGUGUAUAAUUGGGUAAUUUAAUGCAGAGUUUGAAUUUAGGAGCGUCGUUAGAUUUCCACUUUUAAGAACUGAAUUACUUCUAGUUCUGAUUAAUAUUUUUACUGUCGCUAUACGAUUGGUUGCAGAGUAAAAACCGAGUGCAACAACUAAGUAGCACAGUGUAAUGUAUGAUGAGGUCACUUUAUGCAGUACUACAAUCUUACUCUGCUUAAUUCUUUUUGUAAUGCUAGGAUCAGCCACGCUUUGUUCUUUGUCUAGUGCUAGGAUGAGUUAUUGCACUUCAUUCUUCCUCUAAUGCUAGGAUCUGUUACUGUACUUCAAUUUUUGUCAUUAGAGAAGUUUAAACUUUAAUUAUCAAUAAAUUGACGAAAGUUUAAACUUCUCUAAUGACAACUAUUCUCGCAUCUUGUAUUGAGACAAUUUCUUUUAUAUCUCCAAGUUAUCAAAGCAUGUGAUACAAGCAUAGGAAGUAAGGCUGUGUUAGUGCAUAAAGACAUCCUUAUGCCAUAUAUUUGUGUAAAUUUAGAACAUUAUUCUUGCAAAAGUGCCACAGAAUGGGAUUAGAUUUAUUUGUGUUGAGUUUUGGGAUUAAUUUUUUGAAGUUAAAUGAAAUUUAAGUGGUAAACUACAUUAUACUGGUGUUACUUAUCUUUAAUUCAAAUUUAUCCGAAUAGAUUCAAGAAAAUGAGAGCAAAGAAUCUUUGUCUUUUGCAAAUUGUAUUAAAAUCUCUCUGCAUUUUCAGAAGUUGCAAAAGAUUCGUUAUUUAUUUGUCGUAAUGUGAUUUAAUGUUGAAUGUCGUGUCUUGUAUCCGUCUGGCAUCUACGCUCAUCCUUUUGAUGGCAACUGUUGGGUUGUAUGUUUGGUUAGAACCGUGUUUAAUUGUAACUUCAAUGGGCUUCAAUUUAUUGUAAAUAAUUCUAGUAGUCCAGUUUCGUGUACGAUAAUCAUCCUUUUACGUACAUUACACUGUUAUAAAAUAUCUGUUACCUUUUGGAUAGAUUUUAUUGAUUCGUUAUUCUUGAGGAAAGUCUCGUCGUCCCAAGAAAAUUAUUUAUGUUAACCUUUUCCGAAUUUCUGCCACUGCAGCAAUUUGAAUCGUUAGAUUUAGGAAGGUUGCCAUUUUGAAUAGCAAACUUUGUUAAAUCAGGAACAAUGGGUGGUGGACCACAAUAGAAAAUAGUAGCUUUUUUAUGCACCCGUUUGAACUCUGCAUCAUUAUACAUUAAUUUUAAUGCAAAUGUUUGGUCCAAAUUAUAUAAAAAUGAAGUGAUUACAGACAAGUGGCGUUUAAUGAAGACCGCAUAAUGAUACCGAAUUUGUAAUUGCUUACAACUAUGGUGCGAUCGUCAAGUUGCUCUGCCGUGUGGCCGUCAACUUUAACUUUUCCGACACGCCGUCUGACUGUGACGUCAUUAUUUGGUUUCUGGAAGCUCCUCCCGUUUCUUUGCCCACUGAGGAGCAACUUUACAGUCGUGCCACGUACUAAGAUUAGAAGGAAAGGUCCAUAAACUCUCAGGUAAAUUAAACUUCUGAUGAAAAUUUUAAUAGAAUUUUUGAAAACAUUCUACUCUAAGAUUAAAUUAUUAGAUAAAAUUUUGAAUUAUAUCUUAAGCCAAAACCCUAUUGUUAAGAUCCCUUUAUAAACCCCAAAAAUGUUAGAAAUUGCACUAAUGUCUUACAUAUCAAAUGCUUAAAAUAUUUUCAACCACUUUAAGUGACGAAUUUGCUACCAAAAGGGUUUUCCGAGUCAUUUUAAGGGAAUUUGCAAACUGUAUUUAGUAACACACUUCUAGCGAAAUGUUAAAACUUUUUAAUGUAUGAGAUAACACUGAGUUAAAGGUAUACGUUGUAAGCGGGUAGAACAAAUUUUGUACAAAUCAAAUUAUAGAAGAGAGUAUUCAGAACUUUGUAAACAUUUCAUUCUUGUAAUUGCAUCAUACAAAUUGUUAUACUGAUUUGCACCCUUAAUUUGCAACUAAAUAAGCUGAGGCGGUGAUUGGGAUCAGAUGGAAUUCUAGCUUGCUUAGGUGAUGAUAAUCAGAAGAUAUAGCAGCACAAAUCAGUAUUCACCUUAUAAUUUAUUUACACGAUUUUGACAGCUCAUUCGUAGGAAAACAAACAUCCCAUCUGACCAAAAAGCCCUCGAAAAUCGAAAGUUAGACCAAUAGACAUCUCGCAGACCAGAAUCUCUGCAUCGUCCAGUCCUUUUCUACGGCAAAUUAGUGAAAAAUAGUUCCAAAGUUUGCGCGCGACACACCAAAUUUAGAAUUAACGGCAGAAGAACCGACCGACACUUUCAUUUAGACGUAAAUCUAGGAUAAUCUUAUUUACAGAAGCAUACAGUAUAAUAUCUGUGAUACAUAAAUUGUUGCUAAAAUACUUUUUAUAAAUAUAUUUAAGUUGUUUUUUUUUUUUGUCCUGUUAAACAUUGUGAAAUGUAUUCUAAACUAGUUUUGUAAGUCUGGUAAAAUUCUCGAACUUACACUAAAAAAUAUAAUUGGAUUUAUAAAGCUUUGUUUUCUGUUUAAUUGUUAAUGUCUUGUGAUACAAAGCUGUAAUUAUUAUUAAAAAAUAAAUUAUUAUGAUUGUCAUUGAAUUGAAA